AAAGGUCAAAGUGAAACUGGUUCCGGAGUAUCUGAGGGGGUCAGACAGAGGGGGAGUGAAGUCUGAAAGGUCUGAAAAUGCUGUUACGGAGGGCGUUGCACAUCGGAGGGUUGACACUGAAACACAGCAGGUCCAUCCACCACAGUCCUGUAUGGAGGAAUCCUCUUAUACCUAUAGUUGUGGAGCAGACGGGGAGAGGAGAACGAGCAUACGACAUCUAUUCUCGCCUUCUGAGGGAGAGAAUCAUUUGUGUAAUGGGUCCUAUUGAUGAUUCUGUAGCCAGUCUGGUUAUCGCCCAGCUGCUCUUCCUACAGUCAGAAAGCAACAACAAACCCAUCCAUAUGUACAUUAACAGUCCUGGCGGUGUCGUGACAGCAGGUCUGGCCAUUUACGACACCAUGCAGUACAUCCUUAAUCCCAUCUCCACCUGGUGCGUUGGCCAGGCAGCCAGCAUGGGCAGCUUGCUCCUGGCAGCAGGAACGUCGGGAAUGAGGCAUUCACUGCCCAAUGCCCGCAUCAUGGUUCACCAGCCAUCAGGAGGCGCCAGGGGUCAGGCCACAGAUAUCGCCAUCCAGGCUGAGGAGAUCCUGAAACUGAAGAGACAGAUCAACAACAUCUAUGCCAAACACACGGGGCAGCCGCUGGAAACCAUUGAGAGCGUGAUGGAAAGGGAUCGCUACAUGAGUCCCAUGGAGGCGCAGGACUUUGGCCUCAUAGACCGGGUUCUGGUCCACCCUCCUCAGGCAGGCCAGGAUGAGCCUGAGCUGGUGCAGAAAGAGCCGCCAGCAGCAGCCAGUUCCUCUCCAACUCCAGAGUCUCCAGGUCCUGAGCUGGCAUCCCCAGGGACAAAUCCCCCAUCCUCAUACAAACCUGAACCAUGAACCCACCACGGCAGAGCUGUCUGAGUUCUGCAAGUACCUCCUUCAGGAUUCAGUGCCUGACAGUUCCUGAGAACAAGGCCCAUCCUCCAUGGUGGGUUUCUCUUGUCUUAAAUAGCUUCUUUCUUCCCCCCCCGACACACGUGCAGGCACCACGCCAGCCUCCUGCACAGGGACCAGAAGGUAACGUGAAGUGAAUUCAUCAUUGGAGACCGUUUAGUUUUGAAUCAUUUAUGAGACAUUGAUUACUUUAUAACAGCAGCAGUAAUCUGUAUUUUUUGACUCCACAUACACAUUGUUCAUUAUUCAGUCCUGAAGGAAAGUGUAGUGUUUCAGUUGAGUAGAUCUUAGUGCUUGGAAGCUAAAGGAGAUACUCUACACAGGUUUGUUUUUUUUGGGGGGGGGGGGGGGGGCUGUUAAGACUAUGGAGCCAUCUUGUUCUGUACCUCCUUGCUGCAGAGACAUCCACAGGACCUUGUAUGACCUGUAUUUGAAUAUUCGUAUUUGUAAUAAAUAUGAGAAUUUUGACCACAAUU